AUGAGGGCCCUUCUGUUCUGCACAUCAGCUUGUCUCCUCGUUGGGUUAGUACUUAGCGUACCGCUAAAACCAAAGUACGCCUUCCACUAUGAGUUGAAGCCAUCUCCCAAGACGGAGAAACGCCAAGAAACUGAGAAGGAGUCACUAGUUCACCUGAAGGAGGCUAGCAAAAUUGAUACAGAAAACGAAAAACGUGAGCACCAAUUCACCAAGUACGGAUAUGACUAUGACGAUGAUGAUGAUUAUGAAUAUGGUUACGAAAGCAGCUACGAUUUGGGCACCUACGGUGGAUAUGGGGAGAAAAAAGAAGAGAAGACCCCACCGAAAGUUGAAAGAACUGGGGACAGUCAGUAUCAGAAGAAACACGCAAUUCGAUACGAGAAGCGAAUAGACAGGCAACGGGAAAUAACUCAGGAAGUUCAACAUCUUCCUCACUUGGUCCAAGUUGUCUCACAUGACAAGUACAGUGAUGAAAAACGAUAUGGAAGCAGUGGAUAUUCGAAGCCUGUCAACAAUUAUGACAAAUACGAUGAAGGGUAUGGCAAGUUCCCAGUCGCACUACCCAAGUACGGAUAUGACAAAUAUGAUGACGAUUACGGGUAUGGCGAUAAAUAUGACAAACAUGAUGACAAAUACGGUAGCCAUGGUGACAAAUACGAUUAUCAGUAUGACGAUAAGUUGGAAAAGUACGAGGGCAAAUAUGACGAGUAUGACGGAAAGUACGAGAACAAAUACAGCAAAUAUGGCGACUUAUAUGCCUACAAAGGUGAGGAAAAGUACGGCGGAUACGAGGACAACUACGGUAAGUACGGUGACGAAUACGGCUACAAAUACGCCGAUAAGUACGACAAGUACGGGGACAAAUACGGUAAAUAUGACGACGAAUACGGCUACACAUAUGCCGACAAAUAUGACAAAUACGAGGAGAAACACGGUAAAUACGGUGACAAAUACGAUCACAAAUACUCCGACAAGUACGAUAAAUACGAGAACGAAUACGGCAAAUACGGUGACGAAUACGACUACAAAUACUCUGACAAAUACGGGGACAAAUACGGCAAGUAUGGUGACGAAUACGACAAAUACGCUGAUAAAUACGGUUACAAAUAUGAGGAUAAAUACGACAAAUACGAGGACAAAUACGGUAAAUAUGGUCAAGAAUAUGAUUACGGAUAUGACCAUCACAGUGACAAGUACGAACAGUAUGAUGAGAAAUAUGAUGCCUAUGAUCGUUAUGCUAAGGUGAAACGUGACCAUAUUGGUAAGUACAACAAAUAUUACGACAAAUACGAUGAUACUUACGAUGCCUACGAUAAGUACGACAAGUACGGUCGAUAUCAAGACGAUAAAUACGCUGACAAAUACGAGGGAUACGAUCGAUAUGGCAAGCUGCGACGCGAGGCCCACAAAGCGAAUGACAAAUAUUACGGAUAUUAUGACGGUGGGGACAAGUACGGUUACUACAACGACAAAUAUGAUGACUAUCAGCAUCGUCGCUCAACCAAGUAUGAGAAAGCGCACCAAGGAAAGUAUAGUAGAUAUUAA